AGGCUGCAUCACGUUUUCAUACCGCGGAACCUCGGACCGGGCGUGUCGUCUGCGUGAAUAUUACGCAGAUUCCGACGCUCUGCCUAUUAAAUAUUGUCUGUAAGUUAUGCCACCUGACCACCAAAAAUAACAGAUCUCGACGAAACAUUCAAUUUCCCCUGUAAAAAGAAUGAAAGUCAGAAACGCUACAUGUAUUCAUGCAUGUAUUCCAGUUGUCCCAUCUACACGGCAGCCAUGUUGAGGCCAACGAAACAAUAGUCAAUAGGGGGAGAGCCUCAUAAUGACAUAGAUGGCAUUUUAAAAGCGUUUCUUCGCAUUGUGACUUUUUAAACUGUAGUGUAUCUACCCGAUGGUGAUGAUGAGAUAUCAAUACGUAACUCGUGAAUGUGCUGUGCGAAUGGUGAUGGAUGCAAGCAGUGGAUUUUCGCCCUGAAAAGGCCUGUGUAAAUACUCGCCCGGACCACUUGGCAGUUGGCGCGCCUUCGACGAGGCUUAGGAGUGAUCUGGGCCAGCGUUCGGACAAUGUGCGUCAGGUGAAGUCGUUCGCGUAUUGCUCAUCUCCGACGGUGAAGCAAUGGAGAAAUUACACAAGGAACCAGGUGGAUACACCAAGGAUUCCUCGUCCUUCACCGUCGAGCUGCAAAGGUUCCACGAUACCCGAGGGACCCCCUUUCGGCACGCACCACGGAUAAACGGACGUGAAGUGGAUCUGUUCGCUCUGUACAACUCCGUGACGAGCCUCGGCGGCUGGCAGAAGGUGAACGAUCACUUCAAGUGGGAUUAUGUGUUGGAAAAACUCAAGUUUCCGAAAGCUUGCGCCAAUGGCUCGCUGGCCCUCCGGCAAAUCUACGUCAGGUACCUGAGCUCCUUCGAGAAGCUCCACUACCUGGGAGAAGACCCAGACGAAGAUGUGGACCCCACGGCGGAGGCGCGGUCGCGGAAGCCCAACGCCUCUCUCCUCUGUCAGGUUCCUCUCUCUUACAACAAGGCGCAGCAUGAGCUGACAGAGGCCCAGCGUGCGAGCGCCAAUAUGGCCCCUCUGGCUCCGCCCCCAUCGGAAUACAGCAAGUUGUGCCUCUCCCUGCUCAGCUCUUUACCCAAUGAGGAGAGUUUGGCACUCAACGUCUGCACUCUACUGUCCAAUGAGGGGAGACACGUCCUACGAUUGGAUCACUGCACGCGUCUUGUGGACCUCCUCCUUGCACAAGCUGGGGUCUUCUCUUUAGAGGAUGCCACAUUACGACCCAUGUAUUUAGAAUGCUGGCAGGGCGUGGAAGGCCGCAGAAUGGAGAGGUUUUGGGAAGACAACUUAGACUCUGAAACCAUCACUCUCUUUGGCCUUGGCACAGACCACAAUGAUGAUGACGAUGAGCUGUUUAACUUAAAUUAUCAAGUUGGGACAAGAAGCAUAGAAGGCCAAAGAAUAUUACGGAUUGCAUUAGUUUUUCACAAUCUUUCGUUUGAAGAGCGCAACAUUCCGCUGCUGGCUUCGAACCCCUCGUUUGUCAGGUUUGUCAUGAUGUGUGCGCUGAGCCGUUGGUCUUCUCUGCGGCAAGUUGCGUUGGACACUAUAGGGAACCUUGCUGCUAAGCUGGUGCUCGACCCGGUGGAGACGGAGUGGUCGGGACCCCUGAUCCGCAUCGCGCGGGAAGGGAUCCUCUCCAGAGAUCGUUACCUGGUGGUGCGUUGCCUGGACAUUGUGGGGCAGCUGAGCAGGGGUGAGCGCAACGAGGAACCCCUUCUCGCUCAGAUGGACACCCCCCUGUACGGCCGCAUCUUUGAACUGCUCACCGUGCACGACCUCAUGUUGUUGGUCUACGCCCUCGAGGCCCUCUACCUGCUCAGCGAUCUUGGACCCACCGCUUGUGAGCACAUGCUACAAGUGCACCAGUCCGUGGGCAUCCUGGUGAGUCUGCUGACGCUGGACCCACUUGCUUACGGGCCAACUGCCCAGAAGGGGAUGCGACUGAUUGAGGUGGCAGACCCGGCUGUGCUGCGACCCGCGGUACCCCAGGAGCCCCCCCAGCUCGACCCCGAAGCAGAGAGCUUUGCCUGUACUUGGGUGCGGGCCAUGUACGAGCCUGCCCAGGGUUGUUCGGUGGGAAGGAACGAUGUUUACGCGGAGUACGUCACCUUCUGCAGCCGUGCGGGCCGCAAGAACAUGGUUCCGGCGAGCGUCUUUGCAAACUGUGUCAAGACCGUCUACAGCCAGACAGGCAUUCGCCGGGUGGAUGGACCCAACGGCACGGUGUCCUUACACCACGAGGGGUUGCGUAAACGUUUGGCACCCCUCCCGGUUCCCAUCCAAGUGACCAGCUGUCUGACCAUUUCCACCCAGGCAACGCCAACCCGAUCACCGAUGGCCCCCGCGGCAGCCAACCAUAGCCCCAUACUCAAGGCCCAGCUCUCUGCCCCCCUGCGUGCCCUCACCCCUCCUUCCACCCCUACGGGGCGUCCCUCCCCGCCUUCUUCCCCUUCCCCUCAGGGCUCUAGCAACCUUAUCAAGAGUCUGCUGGCCAACAAGGUGUCGCGCAAUCUCCAGCGGCAGCAGCAGCUGCAGCACAACGCCGCGGAGCCGGAUGCCGCGACACCCGUCUUGGCCAGCGUUGCCAAGCCCCUAGAGACUGCGAACGUGCAAAACUGCGGAGCGCAGCCCAACAGGCCCAAGGCGGUUCAGCCCGCGAACAACAUCGCGAGCGGCAAGGCCGCCGCCGUCGUCGUCGGGACUCGCCCCAACGGGAUCCAGCGGGACCUCAUGGUCGAAGGAAAACCCGAGACGGCGGCGGGCGAGCGGCUGCACAACCACGUCGGAGAAAACGGCGGGACAACAGACGUCGAACAGGGGGUCAACGCCGAAGACAAAGGAAAAGUGGUCUACAAGAGCUCUCCCCUCCUCAACGGGCUGCUCGAUAAGGGCAAGUCCCCGCUCCAAAACGGUAAGACACUAGAUGAGGACAGCGACCCUGUGACGAACGGAUCCUCCGUCCGAGUGGUCGCCUCCUCGGACCUCUCACCCAUCUCAGACAUAGUGGGGUCGGUGGAGAGCGCUUCCAAGGCAAUUUCACGUUCAAACGCGGAAGCAGUGUCUUGUCGGGAGAAUGCGGCCAAGAGGACGGCCCAAGUUGAGGAAGUGAGCGCCAAGCGUCCCCGGCUCGGCUCCAUCGAGGAGGCCGGAGUGCCGCAGCCGAAUCUGGUCAAGUUGUUGAGCACUGACACUGCUUGUGUAAAAAUUUCAAACGUACCUUCUGUGAUUGUGUCUUCGCCGCCACGAACGUCGUCCCAAGUGUCACCCAGUAGAACUGUUGUUGUUCAGGCAAGUGUUCCAUCGUCACUCUCAUCCGCGGAAGCAACGCCGCCGCCUCCUCCUUUGUCAACGAUUCCAUCGCACAGCGUAAUCUCAACCGCGCAGGGAACCAUUGUGGUGUCUGCGCCGACCAUUGUGCCCGUGUCGAGUGUGAUCCUCACCCAUCGCGCCCCCGUCUCCGUCUCCUCCUCCGCGGCAACGACGGAGGCUCCCCCUACAGCCGCGGCGCUAGAAAACUCUCCGCUAGUGUUCACUGCGCCGACGUCGUCUACAGCAGCGCCAGCCGCGGCAACGAUAGUGACUACCGGAGUGGUAACUGUUUGUGCAUCUACGCCUUCCACAACGGCGGUAGUGGGAGGUCUGACGACGGUCGCCACGUGCAAGGCCCCCGUUGUAGCCCCCGCAGACCCCACUGCGACGACCGCGUCGAAGGGACACCACCACCACCAUCACCACCAUAAGCCGGCGAAGUUGAUGUACCACUGCGAAUGGAAAGGAUGUGAAAGAACGUUCACGACGCCGUCUGCAGUCUUGUUCCACGCGUGCAAGGUCCAUGUUCCAAAGUCCGAAGGAGAUUUCCUCUGCCAGUGGGAGGGCUGUGAUGACAUGAAACGUCGUAGACUUUCACUCUUCACACAUCUGCAGGACCGGCACUGUAGCGAACAAGUACUCCAGAUCCAAGCAGUCCGACGGCAGCAGAUAUCUCAGUUUGGCAAGGCGUCCCUUCCGCCUCCAGCGCAACCGCCACCUCACCCUGGCUACGCCCCUGAUGCUGCCUACCUGGCCAUUCGGAGGCAUGCCCUAGCCUACUACAAUCACAGGGACGCGGCGGACGAAAAAGAAUCUGCAUUGGCAAAAAGCAUUCGUCUCACCUCAGCCCUCGUCUUAAGGAAUCUCGCAACACACUCUGCACUUGCUAGACGCCGGCUACGGCGGUACGAACAGCAACUCUCUGCAGUGGCAAUGUCUCCGCUGGAGUCUUCACGGACUAUUGCACAGUGCUUACGCGAGAUGUCACGUGCACCCAACUGAGAAAGAGAGAGACAAGUGUGUUGUGCGUCGUCAUCCUGUACAGACUCAUUCAUCGUGUCCAUCCCAGGGCAUCAUAUCAAGAUUUCUUGCACAUCCUGCCAUCGUUGCUCCCAGCAGAAAAGAAAUAUUUCUAUGUACAAAGACAUCCAAGGGGUUGCCUUUUUUUAUUUAAAGAAACGUAUUUAUCUCGUCAUCAUGCUUGACAGUUUUCCCCUGGGGCCACGAGUUAAUUAGCUACGGAUUAAUAAACUUUGAGGCUUAAUACCGUGUGAAUUUAUGUGAAAAUUUUGCCCAUGUUUGCGAGGCAGCCCAGAAAUAAAUAUUUUGGUCACGAGGCC